UAUCGCAAGUCUUGUAGCUACAUUCUAAGUGAUUUAUAGUCGCAGAUCUUCUACCAUCUUCACUACAUAUUCUGCUUGCCGCACACCUUCCGCUAUGUCGAAAAGCAAGACAGGCGGAUACAAAGGUCCGUAUGGAUACCAGAAAAGAAAAGAUGGGGAAGGGAGGAGUUGUGUGCGUUACAAAUGUAGCCUCAUGAACACAGUCCUUGAUGUCCUUCACCAGAGGCCAGGAUGGGUUGAGGUCAAAGAAGAUGGAGAAUGGGACUUCAACUGGUGUGAUGUAGGUUGGCUCAGAGAGAACUUUGACCACUCUUACAUGGAGGAACAUGUUAGAAUAUGCCACUUCCGGAACCACUAUGAGUUGACACGUAAGAACCUGAUGGUGAAGAACCUAAAGCGCUACAGAAAAACUGUCGAACGGGAAGCUGGCCGCCUUGAGGCAGUCAAAUGUGACUUCUUUCCACUUACCUUCGUACUGCCCAGUGAGUACCAUCUCUUUGUAGAGGACUUCAAGAGAAGUCCUGGCAGCACUUGGAUAAUGAAACCGGUGGCACGUUCACAGGGGAAAGGCAUUUUUCUUUUUCGGAAACUAAAGGAUAUCAUGGAAUGGAAAAAGGAUUGUACUCGCUCUGACGAACAGAGAGAUGAGGCUCAGGUUGAGAGUUAUGUUGUCCAGAGUUACAUCGAGAACCCCUACCUCAUUCAUGGCAGAAAAUUUGACCUGAGAGUCUACAUUCUUGUAACCUCAUACCUCCCGCUGAAAGCCUGGUUAUAUAGAGAUGGGUUUGCCAGAUUCUCCAACACCAGAUUCUCCCUUAGAACUAUUGAUGAUCAGUAUGUCCAUCUUACUAAUGUGGCAGUGCAGAAAACUGCCCCUGUCUACAACCCAGAGAAGGGAUGCAAAUGGCAAAUGCAACAGUUGCGGCGCUACUUGACAGCAAAACACGGCACAUACGUAGUGGAGGAACUUUUUAAAGACAUUGAUAACAUAUUCAUCCGCAGUUUACAGAGUGUUCAGAAGGUCAUCAUUAAUGACAAGCACUGCUUUGAGUUGUAUGGCUACGACAUUCUGCUCGAUCAGGAUCUUAAGCCGUGGCUCAUUGAAGUCAAUGCUUCUCCCUCUCUCACUGCAAGUAAUCAAGAUGAUUAUGAGAUGAAGUACAGCCUCAUAGAAGACACCCUGCACAUUGUGGAUAUGGAGGGCCGACUCACAGGCAAAGAAAAGAGGGUAGGGGGAUUUGACCUCAUGUGGAAUGAUGGUCCUGUCUUCAGGGAGAAUGCCGGCUUGGAGACACUGGGAAGUCCCUUUCAAACAGCCAACACACAUCUAGGCGGUGUGAACGAUCGAAAGAAACAGCUCCGCCAACUCUUGAAACCUUUCCCGGGACAGAAGAAAGUAUGAAAACAAACACUUCACUCUAAAACUGAUUGGAUUUAUAUAAUUGUUAUAUCUUGUACAUAGUAGAUUUAGAGUCUUAGUUGGUCUUGUGAAUUUAAAUAUCAUGCGAACCAAUUAUGUCUCGUGUGUAUAUGAAAGACUUGGCAAAGGUGAAAUAAAAGGCAAGACUCAUUCUGA